CCGGUUAAAGGGGAACGCCGGGAGCCUCCCACUGCCCCCUUUGCUUCGCGCGCGCUUAAGUCUUUGGGGAACGCCAGUCGCCUAGCGAACCCAUCCGAGUCGAGGAUCAGGGGACCGGCUAACGACUCCUUUUGGGCUGCAGGCAGUCAGACAGACAGGCGACUCCGCCGCGCAGACACUCGCCGCCAGAAUGUUGCUGCUAUUGCUGGGAAUCAUAGUCCUCCACGUGGCCGUGCUGGUGCUGCUGUUCGUGUCCACCAUCGUCAGCCAUUGGCUCAAGGGCACUGGAUACUCCACUGACCUUUGGCAGAACUGCACUAUGUCCUCCUCUGGGAACGUCCAGCACUGCUUCUCCUCGUCGGCAAACGAGUGGCUGCAGUCUGUCCAGGCCACCAUGAUCCUGUCCGUCAUCUUCAGCGUCCUCUCCCUGUUCCUGUUCUUCUGCCAGCUCUUCACUCUCACCAAGGGUGGCCGCUUUUACAUCACCGGAGUCUUCCAAAUCCUUGCUGGUCUAUGUGUGAUGAGCGCGGCGGCCAUCUACACGGUGCGGCACACGGAGUGGCAUGUCAACUCGGACAACUCGUAUGGCUUCUCCUACAUCCUGGCCUGGGUGGCCUUCCCACUGGCCCUGCUCAGUGGCGUGGUCUACGUGAUCUUACGGAAACGCGAAUGAGGCGCCCUGACCCGCUCCCAGUGUGUGUCGGAGGCUCCGAGCGUAUAAAAGGCAGGCCAGGGACCCAGAACCUGAGACAAGGAUGAGAGAGCUAGCCCCUAUAGCCCCAACUCCAGCCAAAAACCAAACGGAUGGCAGUGGCUGUCCCUCGAAGGUGUAUAUACUAUCUAUGGUUUAUAAAACCUAUUUAUAACACUUUUUACAUGUAUGUACAUAGCAGUAUUUGGCUUUUAUGUUGACCAUCAGGCUCAUGUUGAACCUUCAAGAAGUAGCUAAAGAACUUGACCUCUUAACAGUAUAAUCAAACUCAGUAUUUUGUUUUGUUUUUGAUUUUUUUUUCCUUGGGAGGAAGUAGGGGUUGUGUUUUGCCCCCUCCAGAUCAAACAACUUCAUUUGGCACCCCUUCUUUCCCUUUCAUCUGAGAUAAAAUACCUCCCUCCCAUUUCACCUCCUCAAAAAACCAAAGUGUGGGGAAAAAGAAAACUCCACAAAAGCAAAAAUCUGUGACCCAAAGCCCUUUGUUUUGGGGUGGAGUGUGCAUUCAGCAGAAACUCGGAGCGAGGACGUGGCCCGUGGCUGUGGGAUACCAGCCCUUGUGUGUCACGUUUGUCAGUGGGCAAUCGGUGACAACCAAUCUGUGACAUGGUGCUAUGUAUCUACCAUUCCUUAUUCUCACUAAUCAUCUAAAUGACUCACUGGAAAACCAAUUAACAAUUUUAUGACCUAAAGGUAGAAUGGAGACCUGAGUAAUUCCGUGUAGUAUAAGUGGUUUAUAACCACUUCUGUACCUUGCUAGGCUGCUUGCUCUUCCUGUAAUGAAGAAACUCUAACACUUCCAUUGCUUCCACAUUGCUCUUUAAGGUCGGAGCAGUAGGACUAAGCUUCUAGACCCCUCCCCUGGGACCAUGAGUUCCCCUCCCCCUUCCUGGGAUUGGCCGGGUCUAGAAUGUUCUGUGCCUCCUAGGACUGUCUGGCGAUGACUCGUACUGGCCACCAACUCAGAAUGUACAUAUGGUGCCCUCUGAUGCUAAGACUCCAGACCCUUGUUAUUAUUAUUGUUAUUAUUAUUUUGCUUUGCUUUCUCUGAUUUUAUACCAACAGUGUGGACUAAGAUGCAUUAAAAUAAACAUCAAGAGUAACUCA